CAUUGAUAUCAGAGUUGCCAAAACUAUGGCGAGUCCAGUAACAUACGCUUCGUCCAAUGCAUUGCAAAGAUACAAUGUAUCGGCGAUAGUGGACGAGUUCGCGGACGAGUUGGGAACUAUGAGAGGGAAGUGCAUGGACAUUGGUUGCGGUCCUGGUGACAUCACAAGAAAUAUCCUUUUGCCGGUUCUUCAUCCGAAAACUACAAUGAUCGGUACAGAUAUUUCAGAAGACAUGAUCCAGUACGCUAGUAAGAAACACGGUGAUAAAGCGCGAAUCACGUUCAAAGUGUUGGAUAUUCAAACGAAAUACCUUCCCAAGGAGUAUAUUUCCGAAUUCAAUCACGUGUUUUCAUUCCAUGCUUUACACUGGUGCAACGAUAUACGGCAAGCGUUUAGCAACAUUUAUGAUAUGCUUCAACCUGGUGGAACUAUGCUUGUAUACUUUGUAGCAUUUCACGAUUUAUUUGCUGUUUUCGACCAACUAUCUCAAAAUAUCCGCUAUGCCCCUUACAUAAUGGACAUCAAGAAGCUUAUUUCACCAUUUCAUCAUUCAACCAGACCUCAGAAGGAAUUGAAAGAUAUGCUUAGAAGUAUCGGAUUCCAUGUUCCUCACUGCAGUCAACGGGAAACAAGUUACUUACAUGUGAAUUCGCACCAAUUUCUGAAUUCAAUAAUGGCCUUCAUAUCGCUUUUGAAUAUGCCGCAAGAUGUGAAGACAGAAUUUUGGGAGGAAGUUAAGAAUGAGUAUAUGCAAAAAAAAAUAAUCUUUAAAAGACAACAAAAUGAUGAGGAUCAAACGGUCAUAUUAGAUAUGUAUAGAGUUUUAUUAGUUUAUGCGGAGAAAUAAGUGUCAUGUAUGUAGAAUUAUUGCCGUAUGAAAUAAUGCUCAACUCAUUGACAUCUCCGUACAUUUUUGCAAGUUCAUACAAAGAGAUGACUACAUGGCUUUAGUUUAUUGUACAUUAACCAAAAUAUCGACAAAAUAUCGACUUGCUUUUCUUUGUCUUAUGUGCAACGAUGCGACAACAAUAUUUUUGCGUCUUACUUAUUCGCCAGCUCACUUUUGAUAUCUCUUCUUGUUCUCAGUCUUUAUAGUUAUUAGCUUGUUCCAAGAAUAUAUGUUAUAAGCAUUAUAAGAGCAAUAAUCACAAAACGUUGAGAAUAUAAGAAAUAUAAUAUAAUACAAAUAUAUAAUACAUAAGUAACAAGUGCAAUCAGAGGGAUAAAGACAAAAAUUUGAUAACGCUA